UGUUGGUUAGGUGUGGGUGUAGGUGCGGGUGUGAGUGUCAGUGGUGGGUGUGGGUGUGUGGGGUGUGGGGUGUGGGUGUGUGGGGUGUGGGUGUGGGUGGGUGGAUGUCGGUGUGGGUGUGGGUGUGGGUGUGGGGUGAGUGUGGGUGUGCUUGUGGAUUUGAGUGUGGGUGUGGGUGUGGGUGCGGGUGUGUGUGGGUGUGGGGUGUGGGUGUGGACGUGGGAGUGAGUGUGGGGUGUGGGUGUGAAUAUGCGUCUGAUUCACACCCCACACCCCACACCUACAUCCACACCCCACACCCCACACCCCACACCUACAUCCACAUCCCACACCCCACACCCCACACCUACAUCCACACCCCACACCCCACACCUGCAUCCACAUUCCACACCCCACACCAGAGAUGGAACCGGUACCGGUUACCGGCCGGUCCGGUCCGGUCCGGUACCGGUACGGAUUUCAGACCGGCCGGUAACCGGUAGACCGGUCUAUCUUUUUUCUUUCCUGGUUUUAUUGCAUAAACUAGUUAAAUCUGCGAAAUCUUGAUGCUAUCUUGUACAGAAUACGUAUGAAAAUUUCGGUGGAAGUCGAUUGCCUGAACUAUCACUAUCGAAAAGAUAGAAUUUAUAUUGGUAAAAAUUGUGUACCGGCCGGUCUACCGGUAACUGGCCGGUCUACCGGUAGACCGGUCGUGACCGGUAGACCGGCCGGUCACCGGUAGACCGGUCGAUUACCGGUAGACCGGUCAAUUGCGGGUAGACCGGUCGAACCGGUAGACCGGCCGGUCCGGUCCGGUCUGACCUGUUUGGACCGGUACCGGUACCGGUCUUCAAAAAUCCAGACCGGUGCCAUCUCUGCCCCACACCCCACACCUACAUCUACAACCCACACCCACCCACAUCCGGUGUGCUGGCGAUAUCCUCUUCAACCCACACUCACACCCCAACCAUACCCAUGCCCAUACUCGACAUCCACAUCUUCAAGCUCUACACAAAUCACUAUUCAUUAUCUUUUUUUCUUUCGUUUGACGUUUGGAAAAUUUUGGUUUCUUUACUCGUGUUUCUUAAAAACAAGGUUUUUCUACAUUGUAAAUAUCAUAACUCAGCUACAGUAUCAGCUAGAGAGCUGAAAUUUCGUGUUGCAGUAAGACAUUCAAAAAUUUAUAACACAUUAAAGAACAUGUGAUAAUGGAGAGCUCGCAUGUAGUUGAGCCAUUUAUACAUUUGUGAAAAAUUAUUCCUCGUCUUUCGAGUAGUGAUCGAAUCAGAGUGAAGAAGAGAGAAAGCUUUUACUUUUUUGGAACAUUCCAUAUCACGAGACAAGGAGCUACAGACUGGAAAUAAAUUUCACGAAAACAUGGAGAUCUCCUUAGAAUUUUGUGUUAAGCAGUUUCCUCUUUGAAAGCUUAACAUUUCAAUCAUUGGAAAUAAUUGUCGACACGAAAGAAUUCUUACAAAGUCCUUUUUUUAAAGACUGAGUUACGGAAAGUACUAUCUUGUGUAUGAGAAACAAAGAUCUCUUCGACAGUGAUUAUUCAUUUUCUUUUUCUUUGUUCAUUGUAGUUAUUCCCAAUAUUCUACUUGAUGCUGGUUGGUCACUGGAUGGAAAGACUGUUGCUGGAGGGAAUGGAGAAGGCGAUGCCACGAAUCAACUCAAAAGGACUAGUGGUAUCUUCGUUGAUGAUGAUCAAACUAUGAUCAUUGCUGACUCCGGGAAUAAUCGUAUCGUCCAAUGGAAGAUGGGUGAUACGAAUGGACAAGUCGUAGCUGGUGGCAAGGGCAACGGAAAUCGAUUGGAUCAAUUGGAUCGUCCAACUGAUGUGCUAAUCGAUAAAGUGACUGAUAGUCUCAUUAUCUGCGAUCGGAGAAAUCGACGAGUCGUACGAUGGUCUCGUCGUAGUGGCACAACUCAAGGUGAACUCCUGAUUGAUAACAUCAAGUGUUGGGGAUUGUUCAUGGAUGGUCAGAGAUAUCUCUACGUCUCUGUCUACAAAAAACAUGAAGUACGACGAUAUCAAAUAGGAGACAAGAAUGGAGUUAUUGUGGCUGGUGGGAAUGGAGCCGGUGCUGGCCUCAAUCAACUCAACUAUCCGACCUACAUCUUUGUCGAUCAACAACAGACUGUCUACGUGUCAGACUUCCACAAUCAUCGCAUAAUGAAAUGGAAUAAAGAUGAAAAAAAAGGCAUUAUCGUCGCUGGAGGUCAAGGCGAAGGGAAUGCUCUGACACAAUUGUCGUAUCCUAACGGACUCUUCGUCGAUAAGUUGGGUACCAUCUAUGUGGCAGAUCGGUCGAAUCAUCGAGUGAUGCGUUGGCCUAAAGGAGCAAAACAAGGUACUGUCAUUGUGGACGGAAAUGGUCAAGGAGCAGGAGCAAAUCAGUUGAGCUACCCUGAUGGUUUAUCCUUCGACCGACAUGGCAAUAUUUAUGUCGUCGACUAUAAUAAUCACCGUAUUCAGUUUUAUUCUAUUCAAUAAAUUGCACUUGAAUCCAAUUUUUUUUUCUUUGUUUUCACACGCGCGCGCGACUAGAAACCAUCCUGAUGGAGCUGUGGCGAGCGUAACGAAUGUGGGUGUGGAGUGUGGGUGUGGGUAUGGGUGUGGGUGUGGGUGUGGGUGUGGGUGAGGGUGUGGGUGUGGGUGUGGGUCUGUGGGUAUAAGAAUGAGAUACAAAGUUUGACCCACACCCACACCCCACACCCACACCCACACCCACACCCAC